AUGAUUUGCCAUGUCCGCUGUGUAAGGAAUUUUAUAACUUGUAUCAAUGCGAAAACUUUCAAUCAACGAUCUGGCGAUGGGCGGUUCAUUGUAAAAUCACCUUUUCGAGCCGAUGUAUCUCUACUUAGAGAUUCUAAAUUGAUUGCUCAAAAGCGAUUCUUAUCGGUGGAAAGAGAGCUUUUAGCAGACCCUAAAAGACACGUUCUUCAUAAAAAUUUUAUGAAAGAAGGUAUGGAAUUGGGACACUUGUUCCCAGUUUCAGAUGAUCAUCCAAAUAAAUUCCUAAAUUACCUUCCACAUCAUGGCGUUCUUAAAGCUUCCAGUUCGUCGAAAAAACUCAGGAUGGUCUAUGACGCGUCGUCGAAAACAAGCUCAGGAAUUUCUUUGAACGACAUACUACAAGUCGGUCCAACCAUCCAGCAGGAUCUAUUCUCCAUUUUAGCUCGCUUUCGCCAACACUCAUAUGUCGUAACUGCCGACAUACGUAAAAUGUACCCACAGGUGAUGCUCGACGCCAAUGAUCAGGAUCUUCAAUACAUCUUAUGGAGGGACGAUCCAAGCCGACCCAUUCAAUCUUUUCGCUCUAGACGUUUUACUUUUUGA